CUCCUCGAAACUUUAGAAAAGAUUUAUUUAAUACAAAUUAUAUCUUAUUUUUAACAAAUUUAAACGUUUUUCAGGUAGUGUGAGCUACACGAGUGUUUCUUUAACGUAAAUUUAUUAUCAGAGACAAAGACACUUAGGUCAAAAACGAUCUUUCUCCUCGAAGUUACGAAGAGCGCUUUCACCAUUGUUUGGCGAAGAUUCACACCCUCGGGUUCCAGGAAAUUAACAAUCUUAUACAUAGUAAUUUUACUUUUACGGAGAUUACGUGUAAAUUUUACGACCAAACGUGAUAUACGUGUGUACGUGUCAACGCGUGGCACACACGCUCCAUGCGCAUUCCAUCUCUCAUCGGCGCGCCGCACACACGCUCUCGACUUACGUAGCGUCGUAUAGCGGCAAAGUGUACUUGGCUCUCUCCUCCCCCUCCCCUCCUCCCUCUUAUUCUUCGCCGCCCGUCCCCUCCGACGCGUGUUGCGGACGCGUGGCGACGACGGCGGCGGGAGAGCGCGCGGCUGUCCACGGGUGGGUAGCGUCGCGACGCCCCGCGGGGUCACCCCAACCCGGAAGCUCCGCCCCUGUAGAAGUCGAGCCGCCAACCGGCGUAUCCAGCGUCCGGGAUACGGUAGGAGGAGCCACCGUGUCGUCGUCGUUGGCGCCAGGUAAACGGCGAUCCUGGGCCCGGCCGUGUGGCACUCGGUCUCUUAGUAUCGCGCCGACUCUCGGGUAAAUAUCUUGUUGCUCCCUUUUUUUUUACCCGGGGGGGGAUUCCUUUCUCUCCCUCACGCCGGAACGUACUCCGCUUCCGUAUACCUCACCGCGCACACCGCGGCUUCGGUACCGGAUUUAAAAACGAAACUCACUACGUGGAUGGCGCGAGCGUGGAGUCGAUCGCCCACGAUCGAUCGUUCCUGAAGUGACAACUUUGUUUUGUUUUUUUUUUUCCCCCCGAAAUUCUCGGAGGCAGUCGUUCCCACUUUUAUCUUCGACGUGGGGAGGAUGCAAAUGGAGACGAAGACGGAGCCGCUGACACCACCGCAAACGCCGCCGACGAUCGACAGAUCGAUGCAUCAGCAACAUCAGCAGCAGCAACAUCAUCAUCAGCAGCAGCAACAGCAGCAGCAGCAGCAGCAGCAGCAUCUACAGCAACAACAUGUAGCUUUUUCAACCUCGAAAUGGGUCAAGUCGCACUUCAACGGCAGGUACAUCCAGCCGCAACACGUCCAGCCAAUGCAUAGCGCCAGCAACUAUCAGGCAACUUUCCUUGGUUUGCUGAAGGAAACGGCCUUUCAGUUAACGUUUAGGGGUUGCUGCCCUCAGCGUUAUCUCUACCCUUAUCAGGGUCAUCCGGGGGUGUUUCCGGUGCCGCCGCCGCCACAGCCCCCGCCGUUCCUCGCGCGAAGAGCAACCGGUCAGAGGCCCAAGAAACAGUUCAUCUGCAAGUUCUGCAAUCGGCAAUUCACCAAGAGCUACAACCUGCUGAUUCACGAGAGGACACAUACCGACGAGCGACCGUACUCGUGCGACAUAUGCGGGAAAGCCUUCCGUAGGCAGGAUCAUUUGAGGGAUCAUCGAUAUAUACACAGUAAAGAGAAGCCGUUCAAAUGCAACGAGUGCGGCAAAGGAUUUUGCCAAAGCAGGACUCUGGCAGUUCAUAAAGUCAUGCAUAUGGAGGAAUCGCCACACAAGUGCACGAUAUGCGGUCGGAGUUUCAAUCAGAGGAGCAACUUGAAGCAACACCUCCUGACGCACGAAGUCCCGCAGGAUCUCAGAAUGGAGACCUCGGUGUCAUCAGAGUUAAGGAUUGUGCCAUCAGAGGUUAAACAAAUGGCAGAGCGGGUGAACGGUCUUCUGCCAAUCCCGAAGAGCACCACGCAUAAGCUUGGCUUCACUAUAGAGGAUAUUAUGAGACGUUAGUUCUUUAUAAUUUCUUUUAUAAUUUUAAUCUGCGUGCACUUCACUUUUGCGUUUGCUUUGUAUCACAGUUUUUUAUUUUCUAUGCAUAAAAGUGUACGAAUUAAAUUAAUGCAUUAUUGUUAAUAUAUAUAUUUUUACUAUUAUUAGUUAGACACUUUAUUGUUACAAUAAUUAUAUGUUUAAUUUGUACGUUUUAGCAUUAGUUGAAUUGGUUGUAAGGGUGCCAAGAGAAAUUACCGAUAAUAAUUUUUUAUUUUUUAUACAAGUGUCACCGAUUUAAUAACCGAAUUUAGUUUCAAUUUAACUGCUUUUCUGUUGAUGCUCGCUAUUUUAAUGUAUUAAAGUAUGUAACUUUCUGUCUUAAGAAUGUGUAAUAAACAUGACGUGUGAUCUUAUUUUCUAAAUAAGAUCCCUUAUAUUUUAAAUAACAUUGUUGAAACUUUUUUCUUUUUAAAUAAUUGUUACAUUUUUAACAAUUAACUAAAUUUUCUAUAAUUAUAUGUAUAUAUUUUUUUAUAAAAAUUUCUAUAUCAGACUUUUAUUUAAAGCUCUUGAUUCGCCAAUUAUAAUUUACAAUAAUUCAAUAGUAUUGAAUUUCGAUAAUUAAUUGUGCGAAUAACUUUCUUAUUUAUAUUAUGUAGUAUAUACAAUUAUAAUUAUAGAGAAUUGUAUAAUUAUAAUUAUAUUUACAAUAUUAUUACAAUAUUAUUACAACACGUUCUUAAGGCAAAAUAUCACAAUUUUUUUUAUACGUGCACGUUAAGCACGAAUAAUAGUGAGAAAGCUACAUCAACAUGAAAUUUGGUUUGAGAGUUGUAACUAAUUCAGAUUGCUGUUUUGUUUAAUUAUACAAAAUAAUUAAUUUAUAUUUUAGUAUAGUAAGAAAGCAAGGAUUCGGUUAAACUUCAAUUUCAAUUGAAGUUUAUGGAUUUUUGCACUUACUUCUAAAGCUUGUUCGUGUUGCUUGCACUUUUUGCACUUAAAACCUUUCUCUCUUUUCAACGCCUAAAUGUAUAUUUAUUUUGUUUUAAAUGCAAAAUUCUUUUUUGAAGAUUUUAACCAACAACACGAACAAAUCUCAGAAAAUAUAAUAAUCAAAUUGUCUAGAUUUAAUUUCAACAUUUUCUUAUAUCUUUUUUUAUAUUCGAUUCUUGUAGCACUUUAUUUUUCUACGAACGUUAUUCUUUUUUUCUUCACUAGCAAAAACUGAAGAUAUACAUAUAUGCGCAAACUGUAUUUAUUGACAGACAUUCUCAAGACUCUGAAAUUAAUUCCAAAGUCGAGGUUAUGACGAGAGUAUAACACUGUAGUUACAAAGAGCGAAAUUACAACUUUGAACUCUAAACGAACGCAAAUUACAAUGAAAUAGCUAAUAUUGCCUUCAGUAAUAACACAGAACUAGCAUGCAUAGGUUCUUGUUUGAUGUAAAAGUUUUAUGCAAUAGCACAGUGUUUGAAACAGAGACAUUGCUAUCAAGUACAAUUAAAAGAUAUUAACUUGAUAUAAUUUGUGUUUGCUCUUGAGAGUCUAUUGUGUCUAGUCAGAGUUAAAAUUUUCUAAAAUUAUCUUUCUCACGUAUCUCGUUUUUCUGUAAGAUUACGUGAACAAGAUUGUUUCAAGGGAACUGUCGUCGAUGCGCGUAUUAAUGUACAUUUUUAAAAAAUCCAAGUACUUGCAAAAGUGAGUUUUUUUCAUUUAAUUAUAUGUGCACGCAGAUCUUCAUGUAUAUUCUUCUCUUUGUAAAUAUGUUUUGCACACACACAAUAUUUAUAUUAUAUCAUAA